AUGCAGCAGCAAAAAGACCCAGCCGACCGUAUGACAACAGGUCGCGAAGUGCUGACCGAUGCUACAGACUACCCCUCUUUGGCUAUCGCCUCUUCGGCACUGGCCGACUCACCCGAACAUGUCUACCAACUGACCCUUGGCCAGAUUCGCUCCUGGAUGACGAGAGUUGGUAGUCACCUUGAUCGAUUUGAUCACCCAGUCCUCUUCGCUCGCUCGGGACUGCCAUGGACUGCAGCAGCCUUUGACGUUAAGCACUCGGGAUUGUCUAGUGGCCUCGACGAUGCGGGACAGGCUUUUACCUUCGUGGAUGCUGCGUCGCGCCAACUAGGCGGCAUCCCGCCUUUUGCCCCCAGCUUGCAAGACCCUAUGAGCAUCGGGCUACCCAACAUAGCUACUACCGGUGGCCUUCUGGCUCUUGCCCGCUCAGCAGUGUCUUUCAUGCCUCGCAUCAGCACGCUGUCGCUGAGUGGCUUUCUCACGGACCUGACCGACGGCAGUCCCUCUGCUCUUCAAGUCUCCACGCUCAAAAGAUUGAGCUCUGGUCCUCCCUCAGAAAUCUGCCCAGUCACCGAGUACGUAUUUUGGAAGAACAAGACUAUCGAACGGGUCAAGAAGAUGCGCAUUUGCCAGCACAUUUUCAAUCGCUUCGAUGCCAGCUUCUUCUCAGGCCACCGUGGAAUCAUGCCUGAUCUAAAAGAGUUGCAAUGGACGCUGCUCCGACCUUAUCCGUAUGAAGCAGAUGAUGAGGACUUUAAUAUCGCCCGAGUCGCUGCACAGGCCGUUGGACUCAGUGAUGAGCUCUAUGAGCGGCUAUGCGACUUUGCCGAAGAGCAUCCAGGCGAGGAGCCAACGCCCAAGGAGUGGUCCACCGAGGGCAAAAGCUCGGAAGGCCGUUCGCCUCAAUUCAAUGGACGACGUGGCCCAACAUUCAUCGACCUCCGUCUGAGCGACAAUGACCGGCAAAAGGUCAUUGAUGACGCGCCUUCUGAUGCCAUGCGUCACGCCUGGCGUACCGGCGAGCUCUCACCUCAUUUGCCUUGCAGGCUCAAGGUGUCUACCAGUCCAGCUGCUGAUGGCCGCGCCUUCUCACCUCCUGAGGGGUCCUUGAUGACACAAGAGUUGUAUGAGGAGGCGUGGGAGUGGUGGGACCAAGCUGUGCUGGAGAGCGACGCGGAAAAGGAUUCCAUUCUGUGA